AUGUCCUGCUUCGCAGGGAACUGUGCCGCCGGGUCACAUUCAUCCGACGGUUAUGGAUUUAAAUUCAUGUUUAUAAUAUUUGUUUUCCUGAUGGUAUAUAAUCUUUUCUCGGCUGCAAUCGUGGAUAGAAGAGGAAGACAAGAAGACGACAGACUGUCAAAACAGGAAAUUAGCUAUGGAGACAACAAUUCUGUCCCCGAAUUUAAAAUGGAAGAGCUGAUGGAGAAAGAAACAGAGAAGGAGACGCAGGAAUCUUUUGCUUCUCAGCUGAAGGAGGAGGAGAAGCAGGAACUCUCAGACAACGAACUAUGGAAGGGAAAUCUGGAAACAAGAAUCGAGGAGCUGGAACGCAGCUGCGAGAUGCAGACUGCAGAGAAGGCGCUGAUGGAGGCCAAAGUGGAAGGACUUCAGAAAGAUGUCGAACGCCUCCAUCGAGAUAUCGAAAUGCUGAAAAGACCGAUGAUGAAAGGCCCCGAGGAGCCCGAGAAAGAAGUCUUGGAGGAUGAUAGUCCAAGGGCUACUACCAUAACAGACGGAAGGCAAUUCGACAAAGAAACUGGAAUCCAGUUGGUAACACUAGUUGAUUGCCUUGUGGACAGGAUAGACAAAAUGAGUGAGGAUUUUAGACAAUUGAACAAAUCCGUCCACGAAUGGAAAGACAAUGAAAGUAUGGACUACCUCGCAUUAGGAGAGGCGUUAGCGUCAGAGGACUGUGAUAUAGAAGUACAGUCUUUACGAAAGUCAUUUGGGGGACUCAUUAAACUAGUGGCCCGCAAAGAAGGCGAGAAUCGGGCCCACGCUAGGCAAAUGAUCAUUGAUUUGAAGGCGCGUAAAAGACUCCUCGGGUUUAGAAAGGACAACGCCAACAUGAGAGCGCAUCUGGACCUACACAUCCAUCUCCUGACAAAAGCUCGAGGAAAAAACAUAGAGACCGAGAUGGAAAAGAUUCAGAAAUGUGCCUGCCAAAGAAAAGUUGUCCCAAAAGUCAUUCCCACUUUUGAGAGAUCGUCCCCAGUUGCAAUGACAAAAGUUGGCCCAGAAGAUAAGGCAGAAGAGGAGGAAGUCGUCAUCACUAUGGAGAGGUCAUCCCCAGUCCUGAUUCCAAAAGUUAGCCCAAAAGAGGCAGAAGAAGGGGAUGAAAUCACCACUUUGGAAAGGACAACCACAUUUGUGAUUCCCAAGGAUGACAUAUCCUUCACCCCAAAGGGGAUUUACAUAAAUAAUGAGAAACAAGACAGUCACUAUAGAAGAGAGGCUCUUAAUAUAGAAAGCGUUGACUUGGACUACGUAAAAGAGAGAGAUAAAUUCAGUGAAGAGAGAAAACGCUUCUAUAGGGAGAGAGAGAACUUCUAUAGGGAGAAAGAAGACUUCGUACAAGAGAAAAAUAAAUUAAAAGAGGUUACAGAAAGUUUUCUCAAAGAAAAAGAAGACUUCUUACAAGAGAAAAAUAAAUUAAAAGAGGUUACAGAAAGUUUUCUCAAAGAAAAAGAAGACUUCUUACAUGAGAAAAAUAAAUUAAAAGAGGUUACAGAAAGUUUUCUCAAAGAAAAAGAAGACUUCUUGAAAGAGAAAGAAGAACUGAAAGUGGCAACAGAAAUUCUUUUCAUAGAAAAGGAAAAACUCGCAGAGGAAAUAGAAGCCUUCCACUCAGAGAGAACAGACUACUUGCACUGGAAAGAGAUCGACGAGAGAGAAAAAAUGAAUUUAACUGAAAGAUUGAGUGAGAUAAUGGCAAUUAUUGAGAAGAAUAGAAAUCAAAUGGAAUUAGAACAGAUAUCCUUAAAAGAGGAAACUAGCAAGUUUCUGGAAGAGGAACAAAACUUCCAGAUAAAGCAGAGGCUCCUGCAAGAGCAAAUCGAAGCACUUCAAGAAAGGGAACAAGAGUUUAUGUUAGAGCAGAUGCAAUUUAGGAAAGAAAAGGAAUUGUUUUGUAGUCUAACAUCAGAAAAAAUAAAAAGGAGUGCAAGUUGUGAAUCACUGACGAGAAGUCAAAUAAAAAAACUUCUGGCGAGUUUCCCCCAACUUGUCAGGAGGAGGACACCUUGA